CUCCCUGUCCCCGCCUGCUCCGCAUCCGCCUCUCCCAGCACCUGCCGGCCGCGCACCCCUCUGUGCCCGGGCUCCGGGCAUGGCGCAGGCGGAGCGGGGCGCUCGGCUGUGCGGUGUCCAUGCCGGGCGGCCCCUGGAGCUGUUCUGCGAGGACUGCGGGUGCUGCGUGUGCGCGCUGUGCCCGGCGCUGGGCGCGCACCGCGGGCACCGCGCCGCUCUGCUGCCGCACGCCGUGCGCCGCUCCCGGGAACUCAUGGAAUUGCACUUGAAGAAUCUAGAAGAGAGAAAAGAGCAAGAAUCGGGUAACAAAAGGAGCAUAGAGCAGGCUGUAAAUGAUGUGAAGGCACAUGCUGAUAUGAUCAAACGGCAGCUGUCAGAAAAAAUGACUGAGCUUCAGUUAGUUCUUCGGGAAGAAGAGAGUUUGGCAAAAAACUUCAUUGAUGAGAAGACUCAGCAAGCCCUGGGAGCACAUGAUCAGCAUUUGAGGUCCUGUCAAGAACAGCUUGCAACCCUAGAGACCUUCACACAUCAAAUCAGACAAAUACAACAGGACAGUGAUCCUAUUAAUUUGCUGGAGAAGUACACAGAAAUUACGAAGGAAAUUAAGGAAUCCAGGCACCUGCUAGAAGAGUGGCAUCCAAUACCUCUCUCUUUUGAACACUUACUUAACCAUUAUAAACACUUCAUCAGAGUUCUUCAGUCCAUUCUAGAGAAACCAUUGGAAGCCCGGCUUAAAGACGAUGUUUUCAGUAGCCUCAAUCCCACUGCAAAGAAGGAGCCUGGGACAAUGCUGAAAACCAUGACUCCUAUCGAUCGGUUGCUUUUCCUAAAACAUGCAAGAUCACCAACCUGGGAAUAUGACAGCAUUCACCCACGACUGAAAUUGUCUGAUGACCGUCUUGAAGUAAGCUGCAGCUGGAGGAAAAUAUUUUACCCCUGUAGCCCACAGAGGUUUGAUAAAUUAUGGCAAGUGCUAAGCAGAGAUGCUUUCCUUUCUGGGAGCCAUUACUGGGAAGUUGACUUGCUCCAUGCUGGAGCAGGAUGGUGGAUUGGCGCAGCCUACCCCACCAUUGGCAGGAAAGGAGACUCGGAAGCCUGUCGGCUGGGCUGGAACAGAGCAUCCUGGUGCCUUAAGAAGUUUGAUUUUGAAUACUGGGCAUUUCACAAGGGAGAGAGAAUCCCCAUCCUGAUAGAAGACGAUCCUGAGUGCGUUGGCAUUUUUCUAGAUUAUGAAGCAGGAAUCCUUUCGUUCUACAAUGUUAGCGAUGGCAUGGCUCAUUUGCACACCUUCCGCUGCAAGUUCACGGAACCUGUUUAUCCAGCUCUGAGACUCUGGGAAGGGUCCAUUAGAACAUGCAAACUAACGUAAGAAACAAAGCAAAAUAAAUUUAGCCUAUUUCAUGCUUUUUCUAUUAAUGUCACUUCAGCAAUUAUCUACAUUAAUUCAUCUCUCUUGUAUCAAAGUUGUAAUUAUGAUGCUUUUAGAAGGUAGCGUAAGUUCAGGAAAACCAACUGUGAUUUUUAAUGCUUUUUCUUUUUUCAAUGAGGGAAGGUGAUCUGGCUUUUAUAAAUUAUGUUGAUGGACCAUUUAAAGUGCCAAUGUAUUAUUAUACUUUUUUCAACUUGUAACAGUAAGAAAACCAACUGUAUUUUUUAAUGUAUAUAUAUUUUUCAAUGGGGAAGAUGAUUUGACUUAAAAAUGGUGUUGCUAUACCACCUGAAGUGCUGUACGUAGUAUUUUUCAACUUGCAAAAUGGAAGAAGUCAGGUUGAAAGAAACACAUUACAACUCAGACUGGAACCUGGAUAUUGACUUUUUGAAAAUUUUUUUAAUGAACUCCCUCCCCUCAGUGCGACCUGCAGAAGCUGCAGUUGUGUAUGGCAAUAGGCCUGGUUUGAUUCAAGCUUCAAGAUUAUGUACUGCAUGGGGGUACCACUGACAAAGUCAGAUUUGGACAAUAAAUGCACUAAGUUCAGCUCAUAUUUAAGUGUCAUCUUGGAAAAAUCAAAGACUGGCAUUGACUCUUGGAAAGGUCUCUGCUGAAGCUGGAGCUUCUGUGGACACAUUUAAUUGUCAUUAGAUGGUCUCACACAUGACAGAAACUGAACUGGACUUCUGAGUGGCCCUAUUCUUCCCAUUGAGUGGAAGCAUGGGAAAAAGCUGUGUACAGCCCCUAACAGAGGAUGAAAUAUCUGCAGGGCUCACAGGUGCAAUAAAACCACCAGGCCAGAGGUGCA